GGCUUUAGUGAAGUCCGCUCUCGCUUGCGACAGCUCACGGCCUCAGCCAUCGUAAGGAGCCGUCGACGGGCGCGCACCGUUCGUCGUUCCUGUCCGCCGUCUGCUGUUCACGAGUGGACAUCCGAGUGUGGUGUGUGCGCGUUUACCGCCUUCGCCUACCUCCGAGGAUGGCCGCGAUUCUGUCCAAUUGUUCGCGGUUCGCGCCUCGCGUGAUCACGCGGAGCAGCGUGUUGCGGGCCGAGGUUGCAAGAUCAUUGUGUAGUCAAGGGCGCACUGUAGUUAUCCACGCCGAACGUGUGUCCAAUGCCAAAGCUUUAUUAUGCAAAAAAUACAAAGCAAGCUAUUGUUGGAUAAAUCAAACGAGACACAUACGUUCGACUUCAGCGUUAUGGGAGAUAAGGGAGGUUGUAGUCCCUGCGUUUGCCGAAAGUGUCAGCGAGGGCGACGUGAGGUGGGAGAAGAAGGUCGGCGAUCAGGUGAAGGAAGACGAUGUCCUCUGCGAAAUCGAAACGGACAAGACUUCGGUUCCUGUACCAUCGCCCGGGUCCGGUGUCAUAAAAGAGCUCUUCGUUAAGGAUGGUGAUACAGUGAAGCCAGGGCAGAAGUUGUGUACCAUCGACAUCGGUGCGACCGGUGGUGCGACCGCCGAACCUGCGCCGGCGAAGAAGCCGGCACCCGCCGCGGCCGCACCGAAGCCUACCGCGGCAGCGCCGCCGACCGCGGCACCAUCGCCACCUCCGAGUGCGGCGCCUCCGCCACCACCGAGACAGCCGAUUCCACCGCCUGCUGCUCAACCGCCACCUCAACAGUCACCUAUCGCGUCCAUGCCAGUCGCGGCUAUCAAGCACGCCCAGUCGCUGGAGAGCGCGAAGGUUCAGCUACCUCCCACUGAUUACUCGCGCGAGAUAAUCGGCACGAGAACGGAGCAACGAGUAAAGAUGAGCAGAAUGCGCCAACGUAUUGCGGACCGUCUGAAGGAUGCGCAAAACACGACCGCUAUGUUGACCACGUUUAACGAGAUUGACAUGAGUCGCAUUAUUGAAUUUCGAAAAAAGCAUCAAGAAGCGUUUGUGAAAAAAUACGGUAUCAAACUCGGAUUUAUGAGUCCAUUUGUUGCGGCCAGUGCUUACGCUCUGAAAGAUCAGCCCGUGGUGAAUGCCGUGAUAGAUGGUGCUGAGAUAAUAUAUAGAGAUUAUAUAGAUAUUAGUGUGGCGGUCGCGACGCCGAAAGGACUCGUCGUACCAGUACUUCGCAGUGUGGAGAACAAAAACUUCGCCGAGAUCGAGAUCGCUUUGGCCGCUCUGGGCGACAAAGCUAAGAAGGGGAAAAUCACCGUCGAAGACAUGGACGGUGGCACCUUCACAAUAAGUAACGGCGGCGUUUUCGGCUCGUUACUGGGAACUCCCAUCAUCAAUCCGCCGCAGAGCGCGAUCCUCGGGAUGCAUGGCGUCUUUGACAGACCAAUUGCUGUCAAGGGAGAGGUUGUCAUUCGGCCCAUGAUGUACGUAGCCUUGACAUACGAUCAUCGGUUGAUCGACGGACGUGAGGCUGUGAUGUUCCUGAGAAAAAUCAAAGACGCCGUGGAGGAUCCUAGAGUCAUCUUAGCUGGUCUUUAAUAAUUUGGGAUACAUUUAUCGGCGCGCGUUAACGAUACAUACGAUCACAUCGUGAAUGAACAAGAACGCGAGAGUUUGGAAACUCGACAGGGAGUUUUCCCGCUUCCGGAAAUCUCUAAUUACAUUGGAACGUCCCCUCUGAGGAACAUGUCUCCCGAGACCCUACGUAUCGAAAUACCGUCAUUCUCCAAGCCGCACAACAUGAUAAGUGCAGUCACGAGUAACAAUAAGUGCGUUAAGAGCUAGUCCUGUUUGCUAUUCCGAAUUCUUGCAGCGAGAGGAGUAUCAUAAAGCGCAUUCUUAUUUCAAAUGUCUACACAGUUUGUACAUCGUCGAACCUUUGUACAACGACGUAACCUUUGUUAUUGAAAUUUCUCAAUGCGGUAUCUGAUAACGACCUGAUAAUCGCGUUUCCUGCGCGAACAAUUCGUGUUUCUACUACGCGUCGCACUGCAUUGAUGUCUGUCACUGUCAAAGGGCGGAGCGCAGAGAGGCUGGAGCUAAGGAAGGACUAGAAGGUACUUAACCCUAAGUACUCUAGAUGUAGAUUUACAAGCUAAAAAAAAUAAAAUCUCACCAAUCUAAGUCUCUUAAGCGUUAUUGACUUGCGCGUCACGUAGAUUAAGUAUAACUUUAGAUAUUUAAAUACAUGGAAAUGAUAUAUUGUUUGCACUUGUACUUUAUACCGACCUCAUCUCAGGGGGAUUUGUGCUCGCAGGUGGGGAGUUUCGUAUUUGAGGAAAAGCAGGACAUUCGCGAUCUUGUAAAUCAAAGUUAUUAAAUAAAAAGAGAUAAACCAACUUGUAGACAAGACGUGUUUUUGUACGACGUAUAUGUAUGUGGGAGGGACAGUGGAAGAGAGAAAAGGUAUUUAACUACACGCGUACAAAAGUAAAACACUGCCAACAGUCUUUGCGACGAAUGUUUAAAGUUGCCAUUCGAAUGUUUGAUAUGAAUCCACAUACGCUGUUCUGAUAAUGGCGAGUGUUAUCUCGCGAUUUUUCCAUCACUACAUGUUAAUCUUCAGACUACAGUUUUAUGCAUGAAAAUGUACAAAUGGUCUUUUAGUCCCAUUGUAAGAUAUAUAAUUGUACAUCGUUCAAUACUCUAUGUACUAACGAGAAGAAAAACGCAUAUAAAGCACACUGAUUAAAUC